AAUUUCUGUUUUUAGGAAAUUGAGUCGUCAAUUGCAUAGCUAGACAGAUCAAUGGCAGAGCCACCCGAAACCACACCAAUGGAAGCCCUCGAGUCGCCUACUCCUUCUUCUUCUUAUUCUUCUUCUUAUCUGAAGUCUCAACCGAUCCCUAGCUCUACCCCUUCACCGCUGCCUUCAUUGAUGAGCAGGCUAUGGAGGCCAGCUGCCCAGCGAAACCUCCGAAACCAGUGGUCAAAACUGGCUUCUCAUAGGCAGCAAUGGGCUUCUUCUUCCUCUAGUGGAAAGUCCCACGCCAAUUCUCUGGUCAAUGCCCAUCUUUCUCAGAGAUACAUGCCUUCGUUGGAGCUAGGUGUUCUAAACGAUAUGCCAGAUAUAAGAAAGAAAGCCUGUCGGAAAUUGUGCAAGCAGCAGGAACGUUACCGGAUCAAACUUUUAUCAUCAUACAAGGACAUGGUGGCUGCUGUAAUCCAAAUGGUCAAUGCCUGUAGAUCCAUGAGAUGUUAUCAAACAGGGACAAGUAAUUGUACACUUGUACAAUUUUCUAAUUCUGCUGGAGAUCAGAAUGACACUGGAGAUGGUGGUGGAGUCUCUGUCUUUGUAUUUUUGUCAAUCUCUUCUCAUGAGAAACUGGCGAAGCAGCUUGUUCGGAUGUUUAUAAUGGAACUAAAUGUGAAGCGGCUGCUAGUACUGGAGUUACUGUCCAUUAGUUGUGAAGUUCCACAAGACAUUGGGUUGCACUGGGGGGAUCAGCUUUAUCAAGGAGAAUUUGAUAAUUUGAGUACGUUGAACUUGUUUUCUGAAGAAACUUGUGAGCCAGUCCCACCAAAAUUGAUGGAUCGGAAAUCUGACACACCUGCUGUACAAUGUAAAAACCAGCCAAAUCCAGAGGUUCUGCAGGUUUAUCUUACAACAUGGCUUGCAGAGGUCAACAUAAAUGCUCAUAGGAUAGACGAAAUAUUUUCUCUAAUUGGCGAGGAAAUGCAUGUCAGCCUCUCAUAAGCUACUCUUGGAAGAAGAAUCACUGGGUUUAACUUGUCAUUUCCUCAUACCGUGAAGGAUGUUUAACGUUCAAGGCACAUUGACAGAACACUAGCAUCUAGCAGUACAUGGAAAGCUUUACAUGGAAAGCUUUACUUUUGCCAGAGCACCAAAAGAUUGAAGAACUGUCCCAACCAUAGAGUUGUAUCCAUGUUGAUGAUUCUUUCAUCAGCAAUGUAUCACUGUUGAUGUCCUAAUAGCCCCGUUUGGAUACAAAAAGUGUUUUAUUUCAUUAUUACAAUUUUUUUAAAUUUUCACACUAAAUAUAAUAAAUAAUUUAAUUUUUUCAAA